UGGUUCUUCUCACAUGAAAGCCGUUCCGUUUCCUCAUCUGUUGCCUGUUCUCUGUAUCUAAACUGAAGGAAUCAAAUACGUGCCGACUGAAGGUUUGAAACACCUUGAAAAAUUCAAGUUUACAGCUUAAUCUGUUUUCUCCCGGAAAGGAAUGCAGAAGAAAGAAAUGAUUGUCACCGAAGAUAAUGCUUUUUCUCUUUUGUAUUAACGGCAGUUUUAACUGGGCGAAAAGUGAUUGUAUAUGACGGAAUUUUUUUUAACGCUUUCGUACUUUCACACAGCGCACAGCUGUGUCCUUGGCGUUAGUCUCGGCACGUUUGGUGUAUUUUUUAGCUGCUGUUUAAAAGAAAACAGGUGUGCGGCGGCAAACGGGGUAAAGAGAAACACCACGCGCCACAGGAAUGUUUGUGUCUUGGCUGUGAUCGGGCUGACCUUUGACCUCCGCCGGGCUCCACGCGACCGGACCUCAGCAUGGAGACGAGAGGCCGGCUCCUGGCCUGCCUGGCUGUGGCCUCCCUGCUGCAGCUCAGCUCCGCGGGGCUGGUGAAGGUGAUCCGCCACCGGCGGGAGGCCCUGAAGCCCGCCGCGGACAAAGGCCCCGCCCCCGCCCCCGCCCCCGCCCCCGCCUCCACCACCAACGUCACCCUCCCGGCGCUGGACCAGCCGGUGGUCUUCAACCACGUCUACAACGUCAACGUCCCCCACGGGUCCCUCUGCUCCGUGGACCUGGACUCCCCCGGCGGCGCGGUGGUGCUGCCCCAGCGGGACGCCCCCGCGGACGCCCCCCCCGGCGAGCACCUCCUCACCGAGCACACCGUGAACGCGGAGAACCAGAUCGUGUUCACGCACCGCAUCAACAUCCCGCAGCAGGCCUGCGGCUGCACCGACGGCCUGCCGGAGCUCAAGGACAUCCUGAGCCGCCUGGAGCUGCUGGAGGGGGAGGUGUCCUCUCUCCGGGACCAGUGCACCACGGGGGCCGGCUGCUGCAGUGCUCACCAGGCCACCGGCGUGGUGGGGACGAAGCCCUUCUGUAACGGGCGCGGGAACUACAGCAUGGAGUCGUGCGGCUGCGUGUGCGAGCCGGGCUGGACGGGGCCCAACUGCACCGAGGCGCUCUGCCCCGAGCACUGCCAGGACCAGGGCCGCUGCGUGGACGGCAAGUGCGUCUGCUUCGAGGGCUUCGCCGGCGAGGACUGCAGCGUGGAGGUGUGCACGCCGGACUGCGGCGAGCACGGCCAGUGCGCGGACGGGGCCUGCGUCUGCGCCGACGGCUACUCGGGCGAGGACUGCUCGGAGCCGGACUGCCUGAACGCCUGCCUGGGCAGGGGGGUGUGCGUAGACGGCGACUGCGUGUGCGACCACCCCUGGGGCGGCUUCGACUGCUCCGAGCUCAUCUGCCCCAACGACUGCUUCGACCGCGGCCGCUGCAUCAACGGCACCUGCUACUGCGACGAGGGCUUCAAUGGCGAGGACUGCGGCGAACUCACCUGCCCCAACAACUGCAACUACCGCGGCUUCUGCGUGGACGGCAAGUGCGUGUGCGGCGAGGGGUACGCCGGCGAGGACUGCUCCCGGCUGACCUGCCCCGGCAACUGCAGCAAGCGCGGGCACUGCUUCAACGGCAUGUGCCUCUGCGACCCGGGCUUCGAGGGCGAGGACUGCUCCCGGCUCUCCUGCCCCAAGAACUGCCACGAGCGGGGCCGCUGCGUGGAGGGCGUGUGCGUCUGCGACGAGGGCUUCGAGGGGGCGGACUGCGGCGAGCUGUCCUGCCCCAACAAGUGCCUGAGCCGGGGGCGCUGCGUCCACGGGCAGUGCGUCUGCGACGAGGGGUACGCCGGGGAGGACUGCGGGGUGAAGACCUGCCCCGGCGACUGCAACGGGCGGGGCGACUGCGUGGACGGCAAGUGCGCGUGCUACGCGGGCUUCACGGGGGAGGACUGCGGCGAGCUCACCUGCCCCAACGACUGCCUGGGCAGGGGGAAGUGCGUGCGCGGGAUGUGCGUGUGCGACGAGGGGUACGCCGGGGAGGACUGCGGGGUGAAGACCUGCCCCAACGACUGCCUGGGCCGGGGGAAGUGUGUGGACGGGCAGUGCGUCUGUGACGAAGGGUUCGCGGGGGAUGACUGCGCAGUCAAGCUGUGCCCCAACGACUGUCUGGGGCGGGGGAAGUGCGUGGACGGGCAGUGCGUCUGCGACGAAGGGUUCGCGGGGGAUGACUGCGCAGUCAAGCUGUGCCCCAACGACUGUCUGGGCCGAGGGAAGUGUGUGGACGGGCAGUGCGUCUGCGACGAAGGGUUCGCGGGGGAUGACUGCGCGAUCAAGCUGUGCCCCAACGACUGCCUGGGGCGCGGCCAGUGCGUGGACGGGGUCUGUGUGUGCCGGGAGGGGUUUGAGGGCGACGACUGCUCGGUGCUCACCUGCCCGGCCGACUGCAACGGCCGGGGUCGCUGCGAGAACGGCCUGUGCGUGUGCGACGACGGCUACAUGGGGGAGGACUGCGGCGAGCUGAGGUGCCUCAACGACUGCAACGACAACGGCCGCUGCGUCAACGGGCUGUGCGUGUGCGACGAAGGCUACAUCGGCGACGACUGCUCCGAAGUCUCCCCACCAACGGACCUGGUUGUGACCGAGGUGUCCCCAGAGUCCGUCGACCUGACCUGGGCCAACGAGAUGGUCGUGACAGAGUACCUGAUCACCUACGUGCCCACCGCCCCCGGCGGUCUCCUGCUGGACUUUCGCGUACCUGGCGACAAGAAGGCCGCCACCAUCGACCAGCUGGAGCCGGGGAUUGAGUACCUGAUCAACGUCUAUGCCAUCCUCAACAACAAGCAGAGUAUCCCCGUCAGCGCCAGGGUGGCCACGCAUCUCCCGGAGCCUGAGGGGCUCAGGUUUAAGUCCGUGAGGGAGACGUCCGUGGAAGUGCUGUGGGACAAGCUGGACAUCGCUUUCGACGGGUGGCACCUGACCUUCAGAAACACAAAAGAGGAGAACGGGGAGAUCCUGAACGCCCUGGGCAGCACGGAGACCAGCUACGAGCAGACGGGCCUGGGGCCCGGCCUGGAGUACGAGGUCAAGCUGGAGGCCGUGAAGAACAAGACCCCGGGGCCCCCGGCCUUCGAGACCGUCACAACCAAGCUGGACAGCCCCAGCCAGCUGGAGGUGCGCGACGUGACGGACAGCUCGGCCAUCGUCUCCUGGGCGCUGCCGGUGGCGCAGGUGGACGGGCUCGCCCUCGCCUACGGGCCGAGCGCAGACUCCUCCGCCGCGCGGGUCACCGCGGACCUCUCCCCCGCCGACACCCAGCACAGCCUGGACGGCCUGGCCCCGGACACCGAGUACGAGGUGUCGCUGGUCUCCCGGAGGGGCCCGAUGAGCAGCGAUCCGGCCCGGGAGGUGUUCACCACAGGCCUGGACGCUCCGACGGACCUGGAGGUGGUGGACCAGACGGACGAGACGGUCACGCUGGAGUGGAAGAACAGCAAGGCGGCCGUGGAGAGCUACCAGGUCAAAUACAGCACCCUCUCCGGGGCCCAGCAUGGCGCCAUGCACUUCCUGCCCUCGGCCGGCGAGGUCACACUGGCCACCAUCACGGGUCUGACCCCCGGGACGGAGUACGGGAUGGGCGUGUCCGCGGUGAAGGAGGACCGGGAGAGCCUGCCGGCCACCACCAACGCCGCCACCGACCUCGACGCCCCCAAGGACCUGGAGGUGAGCGAAUCCACGGAGACCACCCUGACCGUCGUGUGGAAGAAGCCUCAGGCCGCGAUCGGCAUCUACCGGCUCGUCUACUUCUCCACCGACGGCAGCAUGGAGGAGGUGGAGAUCCCGGGCUCGGAGACCACGUUCACGCUGACCAAGCUCACCCCGGGCAUGCUCUACAGCCUGUCGCUGGUGGCCAAGAGGGGCAGCCAGAAGAGCGAGCCUGCCACCCUCUCUGCGUCCACAGUGGAACACAAGCCCCUGGUGGGAAACCUCACCGUCUCGGACUUGUCCUGGGACAGCUUCAAUGUGUCCUGGAGCCCAGAGGAGGCAGAGUACGAGGCCUUUUUAAUUGAGAUUGCAGAGAUCGAGGGUGGCGACCAGGUUGCUAACCACACCCUCUCCGGCGAUGCCCGGAGCCUGGGCAUCACUGGGCUGAACCCCAGCACCACUUACAGGCUCAUCCUGUAUGGGGUGCACAAGGGGGAGAUCUUAGAGCCUGCUUUUGCCGAAGUCACCACAGAAGCCGAACCGGAGGUGGAACACCUUUUCGUUUCGGACAUCACUUCAGAAAGUUUCCGCCUGGCCUGGACCGCCGAGGAAGACGCCUUUGAUACGUUCGUGAUCAAAGUUAGGGACUCCAAGAGGCUAGAAGCCCCGCAGGAGCUCCUCGUCCCCGGCGACGAACGAACCAGAGUCAUCUCGGACCUCACUGGCGGCACCGAGUACGAGAUCGAGCUGUACGGGAUCACUCUGGCGUGGCGAUCCCAGCCCGUUACCGCUGUAGCCAGAACAGGUGUGGGUGCUCCGAUGGACGUCGGCUUCUCCGACGUGACGGACACCUCCGCCAACGUCCUCUGGACCGUACCCCGAACUCGAGUGGACAACUUCCGGGUCUCCUGCACACCUUCCGACGGAGGAGUGCCGCUGGCGCUGUCGGUGGACGGGAGCGAGACCCAGACGGCUCUGUCCGGCCUGAUCCCGGGGAUGACCUACCUGGUGACCGUCAUCUCCGUCAGGGGCCUGGAGGAGAGCGAGCCCGGAGCUGGCAGCGUGACCACAGCUCUGGACAAGCCUACGGGUCUGAGGGCCAUCAAUGUCACGGACUCCGAGGCCCUGCUGCUAUGGCAACCAGCCAUCGCCACCGUUGAUGGCUACGUCAUCACCUACAGCUCCGAAACUGUGCCCCCUGUGAUGGAGCGCGUCUCUGGAAACACGGUCGAGUUCGAGAUGGGUUCCCUGGUCCCCAGCACGCUGUACACGGUCCUGGUCCACGCGGUCAGAGAGGCGGAGAAGAGCGAAGCCGCCACCACCGACUUCACCACCGGCGUGGACCCCCCGCGGGACCUGGCGGCCAGUAAGAUUAUGCCUGACAAGGCCACCCUGACCUGGACCGCCCCCCUGGCCGCCAUCACCGGCUACGCCCUGAUCUUAGAGUCCGCUGACGGCACGGUCAGGGAAGUGGCCCUGGGGCCCGGGGAGACCUCGUACCAGCUGUCCAAGCUGACCCACUCCACAGAGUACACCGCGCGGCUGCAGGCCAUCGCUGGGGAGAAGAGGAGCCGCGUCAUCACCAGCGUCUUCAGCACCACCGGCCUGCUGUACAAGUUCCCGAAAGACUGCAGCCAGGCCCUGCUGAACGGGGACACGGCCUCCGGCCUCUACACCAUCUACAUCGGCGGAGCGGAGAACAAGCCCCUCCAGGUGUACUGCGACAUGAGCACCGACGGGGGCGGCUGGAUCGUGAUCCUGAGACGGCAGAAUGGUAACGUGGAGUUCUUCAGGAACUGGAGGAAUUACUCUGCCGGCUUCGGCGAAUUGAACAACGAGUUCUGGUUCGGCCUCAGCAACCUGCACAAGGUGUCCACGGCCGGGCAGUACGAGCUGCGGGUGGACCUGCGGGACCAGGGCGAGGAGGCCUACGCCCAGUACGACAAGUUCGUGGUCAACGAGCCUCGCGGCCGCUACAAGCUCGGCCUGGGCAGCUACAGCGGCACCGCAGGCGACUCGCUGAGCUACCAUCAAGGCCGCCCCUUCUCCACCUACGACAACGACAACGACAUCGCCGUCACCAACUGCGCCCUGUCCUACAAGGGCGCCUUCUGGUACAAGAACUGCCACCGCGUCAACGUCAUGGGGCGCUACGGCGACAACAGCCACAGCAAGGGUGUAAACUGGUUCCACUGGAAGGGGCACGAGCACUCCAUCGAAUUCGUGGAAAUGAAGAUGAGGCCGGUCAACUUCAGAAACUUUGAAGGAAGACGGAAACGAUCAUAAAACGCCUCCCCAUGAGACCCCUUCAGCCCCGCCCAGCCAAGCCGCUCGCCCCCCCCCCCUCCCCUCCACCACCACACCCCUCCCUCUCUCCUCUGUCCCUGCCCAAUACCAAUAUGACUUUACCCCCCCCCCCCCCCAACACACACAAACAUUCCCUUCCCCUGAACUGAACAAAGCCACCGCCAAGUACGAGAACACAGAACCAUCUCGCCUCACCUCUCCCUCUGUCGCUCGGUCCCCAGACCUCCAGCGAGACUCCCAGGCAGUCUGACAGACAGACAGGCAGGCAGGCCGAAUGCAUCUCACCAAGGCUGGACUGCUGCAGUUGCCGCGGACCUGUACUGUUUAAGCACAGUAACAAAAAAAAAAACAACCUACAUGUACACACACCAAAGAAAGAGGCCUGCUCUGGGGCGGAAUACAGGACAGCGGUGAUCCCAAAUGCUCCCAGCAGAGGGCGCCACUGAGUCUCUCGCUCGUGGAUUUAAAUGGAUUUUUUUUUACUAUGAUGGGUUUGACCUGCGCUGUCUUCUGUGUCCAUGAUACACAGUCUCAGGAGGUCAUUCCAGGUUUUUCUACAGAGGGGGCCACAUCUGUUUGCACAGUGGUUUUUUCAAAAAAAAUUUAAGUGUUUUAUUUUACUCUCCCCAUCAGUACCUUUUCACAAACUAGCAUGCUUUCUGAACAAGACUAACUUUCUAUUUGUUAACUGAACUAUGAGCUGCUAUUCCAUGUGGCCCAGGCUUCCUUUGGGAAGUCUGUAUUUCAGUGUAAUUAAUUUUUGGAAAUUAAGCUGCAGUAUUAGACAAGUUUAGCAUUGGUAUGGAGACAUAGCUUUUGUCUCCUCUUCCAUUACGCUUUUCCUUACUCCUCCAUCCCUCCAUCUUCACUAUCUCUUCUCUGUUUAAGAGAGAGGGAGAUGCAUUUCUAAAUUAAAUCAUCUGAUGUACUGUUUCAAACAUGAAGAGAACACAGACUGUGUCCUACCAGCCCAAGGCAGGGACAGAGGAAAUCUAAAAUAAUUAAAAUGUCUUAUCUUUAUAUUAUGUCCUUCUACAGAACAUCCAAGGCAGGACCUGCUACUCAAUUAUAAUAUAUCUAAAAUAAUGCACGAUGACCGGUACAUUUUUAUUUUUUUAAUUUUAUUUUUUUCCUUUUUUUUUUUUUUUUUUUUGAAAAAUGUGAAACUAAAUUUUAGGGAAGUUUAAAAUAAAGGAAUGGUGCUUCCACUUUUUAAUUAAAGUUGUUACUCAAUAAAAAGAUGAAACUGACUUGGGGAAAAGUUUUGUCCCUUGUGAAGAUUUUAAAAAAAGAAAUGGAACUAGAGGCUUUUAAAACUAAAAAGAAACUAAAUGUAUAUAUUCCACCUAGUAAGAACCACAUCUUGGCCUACCACUCCUAGUUUGAAUGCUUGAGGGCAUAAAGUCUGUAUUCUAACGAGGGAAACCUUCCAUAAUAUGAACAUGCCAGUAAGACAUGAUUGAAUAGCUGUGUAAAUGAUGUCACUUACAUUUGAAUUUGUUGUUUUAUAACUGAAAUUUAAAAAAAAAAGAUGUUUCUCUGUAUCCCUUAAUAAACAAACAACCUUUGUUUA